CGAUGCAUGAGUGCCAUGCAGGCAGGGACACAGAUGCUGAAGCUCCGAGGUGGCUCCAAAGGCCUCGUCCGCUUCUACUACUUGGAUGAGCACCGCUCCUGUAUCCGCUGGCGACCCUCGCGCAAGAAUGAGAAAGCCAAGAUCUUCAUCGACUCCAUCCAAGAGGUAAGUGAAGGCCGGCAGUCAGAGAUCUUCCAGCGCUACCCUGAUGGCAGCUUCGACCCCAAUUGCUGCUUCAGCGUCUACUAUGGAGACCACCGAGACUCACUGGACUUAGUCUCACCUAGUGGGGAUGAGGCACGCAUCUGGGUCACUGGUCUGCGUUACCUCAUGGCUGGCAUCAGUGACGAGGACAGCCUGGCCCGCCGGCAGCGCACCAGAGACCAAUAUCCUUGAGGUGGGUGGCUGAAGCAGACAUUCGAUGAGGCUGACAAGAAUGGGGAUGGCAGCCUGAGCAUUGGCGAGGUCCUUCAGCUGCUACACAAGCUGAACGUGAACCUGCCGAGGCAGCGUGUGAAACAAAUGUUCAAGGAAGCAGACACAGAUGACCAGCAGGGCACUCUGGACUUCGAGGAGUUCUGUGCCUUCUACAAAGUGAUGUCCACCCGCCGAGACCUCUACCUGCUCCUGCUGACGUACAGCAACCACAAGGAUCACCUGGAUGCCACUGACCUGCAGCGCUUCCUGGAAGUAGAGCAGAAGAUGACAGGCAUGACACUGGAGAGCUGCCAGGACAUCAUUGAGCAGUUUGAGCCUUGCCCAGAAAACAAGAGCAAGGGGGUGCUGGGAAUUGAUGGUUUCACCAAUUACACAAGAAGCCCGGUCGGUGACAUCUUCAACCCCGCACACCACAGCGUUCACCAGGACAUGAGCCUCCCACUCAGUCACUACUUCAUCACCUCCUCCCACAACACCUACCUCGUGGGUGACCAGCUCAUGUCUCAGUCCCGAGUGGACAUGUAUGCCAGGGUCCUGCAAGGUGGAUGCCGCUGCGUGGAGGUGGACUGCUGGGAUGGCCCUGAUGGUGAACCCAUUGUGCACCAUGGUUACACCUUGACCUCCAAGAUUCUUUUCAAAGAUGUCAUUGAAACCAUCAACAAAUACGCUUUCAUCAAGAAUGAGUAUCCAGUGAUCCUGUCCAUUGAGAACCACUGCAGUGUUGUCCAGCAGAAGAAAAUGGCCCAGUACCUGACUGAUAUUCUCGGGGACAAGUUGGACCUGUCAUCAGUGAAUGGCGAAGACUUGACCAUGCUUCCCUCCCCAGAAAUGCUCAAGGGCAAGAUUCUGGUGAAGGGGAAGAAGCUCCCGGCCAACAUCAGUGAGGACGUUGAGGAGGGCGAGGUGUCUGACGAAGACAGCGCCGAUGAAAUUGAUGAUGAUUGCAAGCUUCUCAAUGGGGACGCUUCCACCAACCGGAAGCGCGUGGAGAACAUCGCAAAGAGGAGACUGGAUUCUCUCAUCAAGGAAUCCAAGAUCCGGGACUGUGAAGAUCCCAAUAACUUCUCCGUGUCCACAUUAUCCCCAGCGUGGAAGCUCGGGCACAGGGUCGAGGGCAAGAAGGGGCGUAGCAAAGCUGAGGAGGAUGUGGACUCUGGAGAGGACGCUGGAGCCAGCCGGAGGAACAGCCGGCUUCUUAUGAACAGUUUCUCCAAGCGCAAGAAAAAGGGCAGCAAAUUAAAGAAAGCAGCCAGCGUGGAGGAGGGGGCAGAGGACCUGGACCCCCAAGGAGGCCAGAGCCGAGGGGUGACUCGGCAAAAGAAGACCAUGAAGCUAUCACGGGCCCUGUCUGACCUGGUGAAGUACACCAAGUCUGUGGGGACACAUGAUGUGGAGACCGAAGUGGUGUCCAGCUGGCAGGUGUCAUCCUUCAGUGAGACCAAGGCUCACCAGAUCCUGCAGCAGAAACCUGCCCAGUACCUGCGCUUCAAUCAGCACCAGCUCUCCCGCAUCUACCCCUCGUCCUACCGUGUGGACUCCAGCAACUACAACCCACAGCCCUUCUGGAACGCCGGCUGCCAGAUGGUUGCCCUGAACUACCAGUCUGAGGGACGUAUGCUGCAGCUGAACCGCGCCAAGUUCAGCGCCAAUGGCAACUGUGGCUACGUGCUGAAGCCCUCCUGCAUGUGCCAGGGUGUCUUCAACCCCAACUCUGAGGACCCACUGCCUGGGCAGCUCAAGAAGCAACUUGUGCUUCGGAUUAUCAGUGGGCAGCAGCUCCCCAAGCCUCGGGACUCGAUGCUGGGGGACCGUGGAGAGAUCAUUGACCCCUUCGUGGAGGUGGAGAUCAUCGGGCUCCCCGUGGACUGCAACAAGGAGCAGACGCGAGUGGUGGACGACAAUGGAUUUAACCCCAUGUGGGAGGAGACUCUGGUGUUCCUGGUACACAUGCCCGAGAUGGCACUGAUCCGUUUCCUCGUGUGGGAUCAUGACCCCAUCGGCCGGGACUUCAUCGGCCAGAGGACGUUGGCCUUCAGCAGCAUGAUGCCAGGCUAUCGGCAUGUGUACCUAGAGGGCAUGGAGCAGGCCUCCAUCUUUGUCCACGUGGCCAUCAGUGACGUCAGUGGUAAGGUCAAACAGGCUCUAGGUCUAAAAGGCUUGUUCCUCCGAGGCCCAAAGCCCGGCUCUCUGGACAGUCAUGCUGCUGGGCGACCACUACCCCGGCCCUCUGUUAGCCAGCGGCUACUGAGGCGUACAGCCAGCGCUCCCACCAAGACCCACAAGCCAGGCCGCAAGGGCUUGCCCGAGAUGGUCGUCGGCACUCAGGACGCGGGCUCCGAGGGGGCAGCUGAUGACGUGGCACCUCCCAACCCUGCUCCGGGGGCCCCAUCCCACGAGGGGCCCAGCAGUGUCAGCCCCCGAGAUGCUCGUCCCUCAUCCAUGCAGAGGUCUGUCUCCUCUCUGUGUGGCCUGGAGACCAUUGCCGAGGAGCCGGCCCAUGGUCUGCCACCCCCGUCGGCCACCACCAUCAGCCCCUGCCCAGAAGGGCCCCAAUGCUCCGAAGGACCCAAAGCUGUAGCAAGUCCCCUAGGGGUGUCCCGGGGAACUUCUGGGCCACCCCAGCUCAAGAGCAGUAGCCACAGAGACACUGAGGCACCUCCUGACAGCAGGCAGUGGGUAUGCCGAGGUGGGGGUCCUGGGGGGCUCUCUGAGGGGAUCACUGGCAGCCAGGUGGGCCAACCCCGGGCCCAAGGACAGCUGCCCCUCGUCCGAAGGGCCAGAAGUGAGAGCCAGGUGCCUGUAGAGCCACUGGGCGGGAGGCGGUCCCUGGCUGGGCCCUCCCCUGUUCCUGCUGUGUACUCUGAUGCCACCGGCGGUGACCGACUAUGGCAGCGUCUGGAGCCCGGCAGCCACCGCGACAGCGUGUCCUCAUCCUCCAGCAUGUCGUCCAGCGACACCGUCAUCGACCUCUCCCUGCCCAGCUUGGGCCUGGGCCGAAGCCGAGAAAGCCUGGCGGGGGCUCCAUCCAGCCGCCUGCCCCCAAGGCCCUGCACCACCUGCCCUGGACUGCCCCUGGUGACCAAGAGCAAGUCCAAUCCCAACUUGCGGGUGGCAGGCCAGCUGCCCUCUACACCUGAUGAGCUGCAGCCCAGGCCCCUGGCCCCUCGGCCACACAAGUCCUUGCCUGGCCCCCGGCCCCGGCCUCCCUGGGGCCGCCUCUCCCUGGUGGGCCUCCAGGAUUGCCCUGUGGCUGCCAAGUCCAAGAGUCUGGGGGACCUGACGGCUGAUGACUUUGCACCCAGCUUUGAGAGCAGGCCCCGCAGUCCGGGCCGAGGCCUGGGUCCCCUGGGUGAGCCACAGCUGGAUGCCCUGACGGAGCAGCUGCGCUGGCUCACGGGCUUCCAGCAGGCAGGAGACAUCACCUCGCCCACCAGCCUUGGCCCGGCAGGGGAAGGUGCAACAACAGCAGGGGUGCCCAGCUUCCUGCGCCGCUCCUCAUCCCGGAGCCAGAGUCGCGUGCGUGCUAUAGCUAGUCGGGCCCGCCAGGCCCAGGAGCGGCAGCAGCGGUUGCAGGGUCUGGGUGCACCAGGGCCCCCUGAUGAGGAGCGGGGCACCCCCGAGGGCGCCUGCUCCGUGGGUCGCGAGGGCUGCGUGGACAUCCUGGCCCCCUCCAAGGGACCCCCCAGCCAGGUGUGUGGGGCAGCCGCCGGCUCCCUCUUGCUCAGGCUCUGA